GUAUGUUGCUUGCACGUCUUUGCAAAUAAGUAAAAACUGCACUGCUCGACGCCUCGACCAUGUCUCCUCUCCCAACCUAACUCUUUUCAACCAUUAUAGAGCUUAGCUUGUCAAAUAUAACCUUCACAAAGUCUUUCUCCUCUUCUACCAUGGAAUACCCACCAAUGUACCGCCUUCCACAAGACAUUCUAUGCAUGAUCUUCAUCAAACUUCCACUUCGCCAAAUCAUCAUUUGCAGGUUAAUAUCCAAACCUUUCCACCACCUCCUCACUUCUCCUUACUUCCUCAACCUCAUCUCCAACCUUCCCUUCCCUCUCCUCGCUCUUCGUCCUCCUCUCCACGACAAGUACUACCGCCUCGUACCCCCACCUCCUGUCUCCCUUCUCCACGCCUUUGAUCACUUCUCUAACCAAUGGCUCAACUUUGACCUUACCUUCCUUCCCUUCACCUCUCUUUUCCUUGUUACUUCUUCACCCGGUUGUAUCUACCUUUGGGGUGAGUCACCUGACUCACCCUCUCGAUCACUUGUUGUAUGCAACCCCUUGACUCGGGUUUACCGAGUCCUCCCCAAGCUCGGGUCUGCAUGGUCAAAAAAUGGGUCAGUCUUAGCCGGUUCAGGUGGUAGAGUCUUUUUGUUCACUCAAUUGGCCACCUUGUAUAGGGACAAUCACAACGAAAAUUGGCUCAAGUGUUCGACGAAUUUAAGGUGUUCGUUGAAUGCAAGAAAUUUAAAGCCUAGAAGAGGCAUUUUCAUAGGGAGCUCUGUGUAUGCAUUGUGUUGGCGUCAUGUGGAGUCGCCUUUUAGUGAUAUAGUUACCUGUAAACUGCCUGAAAACAAAACGACGUCAUUGGUGUGGAGUUUGGUAAAGAAGAAAGAAUGGGGGGUUGGGAUUGAUAUUUUGCGAUCUCCCAAAUUACUUAAUGGGAUUGGGAACAAGAUUUUAAUGGUGGGAGCAGAAAAGAAAACAAUGUUAAUAAACGAUUAUGCUCACUUAGCAAUAUUAAUACUAAGGCUAGAUUUGGAGAGCUUGGAGUGGGAAGAGGCAGGGAGAAUGCCCUAUGAUAUGUAUAAGUGUUUCGAGGAAACUAUUUUAUACAAUAAGUAUUUUGGAGGUGGGGAUAAAGUUUAUUUUUCAACGCCUGGAGGGAAGUUGGUUGUUUGGGAUGAUUCGGCUAAGGGGGUGGUUGGGGGUCGCAGCGAGUGGCGGUGGAAUGAGGGGGCACCUGACUUCGGGGAUGGGUUGUCGCGUGGCUUUGUCUUCAAUGCAAGCCUUGGUGCAACGCCGUGAGUAAACUUUUCGUUUGGAUUUCUUCUUGCGUAUGGAAAAAAUCUGAUCAUAACUAUGGGGGUGGGUUAUGUAGUGUACUGGUGUGUGUAAUUACACAAUUUGUCACAGUCGUAUAUCAGUGUAUGUAAUAAUGUACGGCUUUGAGAAUGCAAUUAAAGGUGUUUCUGUAAUUCAACAUUUUACAACGUAAGGUGCUUGCUAACUUGCUUACAUUCACCCUUGCUUAAAACUUGCUAGUUGCUAACUUGCUACACACAGAAAGAUAACAACUUUAUGCAGACCACUUCAAUAAAUCUGCGGGUAAUUGCUAGAUAUAUAAUUGACAGGCUAAAGCUUAAGAUAAUGUCCAAGUUGUAUUAAUUAAGAUUAUGAAACAUUUCACAACUCGAAGGGAAGGAACACAUUAUUUGAGAUUCUGAAAUAUUUAACAGAUUGUGCAUAUAGUCGCAGUUCAAUUUGAACUUUACAGUAAAGAAGUGAUUUGAGACAAAGGGGGGGGGGGGGG